AUGUUUUGCUUGCCAUUCUGGACGCUAGCGUUCACCUUCCCUAUUAUAGCAAUUGUCGUGCUUGGGAUCUACCGGCGAUGGUUGCAUCCACUGGCUUCGAUUCCCGGUCCAUUCCUGGCCUCUGUAAGCAACUGGCACCAAGGCUGGCGCUUUAUGAAGGGCGGGUCCCAAGAGUAUUAUCUCCGUCUACACGAUGAAUAUGGGCCUGUGGUUCGCUAUGGACCAAACUCUGUGAUGAUCAACGACCCUUAUUUCCUCCCUCACAUCUUCCACCGUCGCGCGGAGAAGACCUCCUUCUACGCUAACAGCCCCGGACUAUUUGGCGUCCAGGACUAUCAGGAUCUGCUGAAUAUUAAGCACGGACUAGCUUCGGUGUUCUCUAUGGCAUCCAUCAAGGCGUACGAGUCGCAGGUAGACAGAUCCCUACUAGUAUUACUUGAUGGGUUGAGUGACAGUCAUCCAUCUAUCACCUUGGAUGAAUGGAUAGGAUGGUUCACGUACGAUGUUGUUGGCAGUAUUUUAUUUGGAGAGCCAAUUGGGUUUCUUGAGAAAAGACGAGACAUCCAAGGGUUGGUUGCUGGAACGUCGCAGGCCUUCGAUACCAUAGACUAUCUCGCUCGUGUCCCAAAGCUCUCCUGGUUCUACCGGAAGACUUACCUCGGCCGCAAGCUCUUUCAGCUCCAAGCUGAGUACCGAAAUGGAAUACAGAUUCUGCAGACUGUACUGGAGAAGGAAUACGACCGUCACUAUAACGGGACAGAUUCAAAACCCGCAAAGUCCCAGACAAUCUUCCAACGUCUCAUAUCUUCCAACUAUGCGAAUGGCACCCCACUCACUGCACACGACGUAAAAGGCGAAGCCAUGCAAACAAUGAUGGCAGGCUCUGCAACAAUAGCUUCAGCCACAAACCGACUCUUCAACAACCUCAUCCAAAACGCCCACGUCCUCGUUAAACUCCAACGGGAGGUUGAUCAAGUCCGGUCAACCCAAACAACCCACCCGAUCUCCUUUGAACAGGCGCAUGCCCUUCCCUACACCAAUGCCUGUAUCAGAGAAUCGUUUCGUCUCACCCCAACCAUUCCGCUCUUCCCGCGCAAAGCCCCAGACAGCGGACUCACAUACAAAGGGACAUAUAUCCCCGAAGGGACAGCGGUAGCGUCGAGUCCAUGGAUCACGAUGAAAAGUACCGCGCUCUACGGGCACGAUGCGGCGGUUUAUCGCCCGGAAAGGUGGCUAGAGGCUUCGCCGGAGACGUUGAAGCAGUGGGAUCGUUAUGAGUUUCACUGGGGGUACGGGAAUCGAUUGUGCACCGGUAAACAUCUUUCGGUGAUGGAAAUUUAUAAGCUUACGUUUGAGCUUAUUGCGCAUUUUGACUUCUCGUUUGCAAGUGAUGGGUCGAAAAGUGUCCGGGUUCGAGAGGGGAUAUAG